CGUCAUCCUGGGGCCGACCAUCAACAUGCAGCGCUCGCCGCUCGGCGGCCGCGGCUUCGAGUCCAUCGGCGAGGACCCCGUGCUGGCCGGGCUGGGCGCCGGCGCGCUCGUGGCCGGCAUCCAGGAGACGGGCGUGCAGGCGACGCUCAAGCACUUUGUGUGCAACGACCAGGAGCACAAGCGCAAUGCCGUGCAGGCCAUCGUCACGCAGCGGGCGCUGCGCGAGAUCUACGCGCUGCCCUUCCAGCUCGCGAUCCGCGAGUCCCGGCCGGGCGCCGUCAUGACCGCCUACAACGGCGUCAACGGCGUCUACUGCAGCGAGAACCCGGACCUGCUCGAUAGGCUGCUGCGCCGCGAGUGGGGCUGGGACGGCGCCGUCAUGAGCGACUGGUACGGCACCUACACCACGAGCGACGCCGCCAACGCGGGGCUCGACCUCGAGAUGCCCGGCCCCUCGCGCUUCAGGGGCGAGUCCCUCAAGUUCAACGUCCAGACCGACAAGGUCUGGGGCCACGUGCUCGACGAGCGCGCGAGGGCGAUGCUCAAUCUCGUCAAGAGGUGCGCCGCCUCGGGCGUGCCCGAGAACGCGGAGGAGGGGACGCUCGACACCCCCGAGACGGCCGCCCUGUUGAGGGAGAUUGGCGGGGAGAGUCUGGUCCUGCUGAAGAACGACAACGAUAUCCUGCCCCUGAAGAAGGAUAAGAAGACUGUCGUCAUCGGUCCCAACGCCAAGGUCGCCACGUACCACGGAGGAGGGUCAGCCUCGCUGGCCGCAUACUACGCGGUCACGCCGUACGACGGGAUCAGCGCCAAGCUGCCCUCACCGGCCGGGUACAGCGUCGGCUGCUACUCGCACAAGAUGCUACCUCUGCUCGGCUACGCGCUGGAGUCCAAGAACGGCCAGCAGGGCAUGACCAUGAGCGUCUACAACGAGCCCCCGAGCGAGAGCAAGCGGGAGGAGACGGACUCGAUCGAGCUGCUCAAGACGGAGCUGCUCCUCGUCGACUACUACAACCCGAAGCUCAAGUCUGCGCUGUGGUACGCCGACUUUGAGGGCUCCUUCGUCGCCGACGAGGACUGCACCUGGGAGCUCGGGGUCGUCGUGUGCGGGACGGCCAAGCUGUUCGUCAACGGCGAGCUCGUCGUCGACAACGCGACGGUGCAGCGGCAGGGCGAUGCCUUCUUCGGCUCGUCGACGGUCGAGGAGAAGGGCUUCCUCAAGGUCAAGAAGGGCGAGACGUACAAGGUCAAGGUCGAGUUCGCGUCGGCCGUCACGUCCAAGCUGGCGGGCAACAACGUCCUCUUCGGGGGCGGCACCCUGCGCGUGGGCGGCUGCAAGGUGAUCGACGCGGCGCAGGAGAUCGCGCGGGCGGCCGAGCUGGCCAAGGACGCCGACCAGGUCAUCGUCUGCGCGGGGCUCAACGCCGACUGGGAGACGGAGGGCUCGGACCGCGACGGCAUGGACCUCCCGGCCACCAUGGACGACAUGAUCGCCGCGGUCGCGGCCGCCAACCCCAACACGGUCGUGGUCAUGCAGUCGGGCACGCCGGUGCACAUGCCGUGGGCCGACAGCGUGCCGGCCAUCGUGCAGGCGUGGUACGGCGGCAACGAGACGGGCAACGUCAUCGCCGACGUGCUCUUCGGCGACGUCAACCCCUCCGGGAAGCUCAGCCUGAGCUUCCCCGUCCGGCUACGCGACAACCCGAGCUACCUCAACUUCAAGGCCGAGGGCGGCCGCACGCUGUACGGCGAGGACGUCUACAUCGGAUACCGGUACUACGAGUAUGCCGACCGCGAGGUCCUGUUCCCCUUCGGCCACGGCCUGAGCUACACCCAGUUCGAGUUCUCCGGCCUGUUCGUCACAGAGAAGGAGGGCAAGCUGUCCGUCGCGGUGACGGUGAAGAACGUCGGGAAGGUCAAGGGCGCCGAGGUCAUCCAGGUCUACGUUGCUCCCAAGCAGGCUGCCAGGGUCAACAGGCCGCUGAAGGAGUUGAAGGGAUUCGGCAAGGUGCAUCUCGAGCCGGGUGAGAGCGUGCAGCACGAGAUUGAAAUCGAGACCAAGUACGCGGUGAGUUACUGGGCCGAGGAGCGCGCCCAGUGGUGCGGGGAGCAGGGCGACUACGAGGUUAUCGUCAGCAAUAGCAGUGAGGUGAAGGAGGGCAAGGCCGUCAAGGCCACCUUCAGCGUCGCCGAGGAUUUCUGGUGGACCGGAUUGUAAAUAGAGGCCAAUAUGGUAUUCUAGCUGGAUUCUAGAUAAAAGUUUGGUUUUAUCCUAUUCCUAAAUCAGAGAGACGUUCAUUAG